GGAGGGGCUAUUGGGGGGGAGGAGCAGCGUGCGGCCUCAUGUGGCCAUGCGCGUCUCUGUGCUGUGGGCCCGCGUGGCCUCUGGGGCCUCGUUGCUACUGCUGCUGCUGUUACUGCUGAGGGCGCGUCCCCGACCCGAGCUCCGCGUCGAACGAGGCCCCGAGGCCCCCGCGUUCCCGCCGGGCCCCGUGGCACCGGUGGCGCCCGAGGAAGCUCCCCGUAGCCCGGACCCCGCCGCCGCUAUUCGCCGCCUGGUGCUGCGGAUGAACGCGGAGCAGAGGCCGCGGAACGCGGGUCGCGCCCUGGCGUGGCGGCCCGGCGGGCCUGUAGUGGUUGUGCAGGUCCACUCCCGCGCCGCGCACCUGCGCCUGCUCGUUGAGUCGCUCGGCGCCGUUAGGGGCAUCGAGACGGCGCUGCUCAUUUUCAGCCACGACGAGGUGUCGGAGGAGGUGGACGCGGUGGUGCGUGGGGUGCGCUUCUGCCAGGUGCUGCAGAUCUUCUACCCAUUCAGCGCGCAGCUCCACGCGGCCUCCUUCCCGGGCCCGGACCCGCGCGACUGCCCACGGAACGCGAGUCCCCGCGAAGCGCAGCGCCUGGGCUGCACAAACGCCGCGACCCCUGACCGCUUCGGCCACUACCGCGAGGCGGCCUUCACGCAGGCCAAGCACCACUGGUGGUGGAAGUUGCACUUCGUGUGGCGUGGCUUACGGAUGCUGCGGGGCCACCCGGGGCCCGUGCUGCUGCUGGAGGAGGACCACUUCGUACUGCCCGACGCCCUGGCCCUUCUAGCGUCCAUGGGCGACGUGCUCCGCGUCAACUGCGCCGACUGCGACCUACUGAGCCUGGGCGUGCUCGGGCCCGCGGUCGGGGCGGCAGCGGCGGCUGCCGUGGCGGCAGCAGGGACAGAGGCGGUGGACGUGGCCCCGUGGCACUCGAGCCGCCACAACACGGGCAUGGCCAUGAUGCGCAGCGGCUACGAGAAGCUGGCGCGGUGCGCCCGCGCAUUCUGCACCUGCGACGACUAUAACUGGGACUGGAGCGUGCAGCUCGCCAGCGUCGACUGCGUCCCGCGCGGGGCCAUGCUGGUACUGGCGACGCGGCUGCCUCGCGUCCUGCACACGGGCGGCGGCUGCGGGAUGCACCACCGCCGCGACUCGUGCGGCGUGCAGCAGGAGAGGGCCCACGCGAUGCGCGUCUUGCGCCAGCUGGAGGGCGCUCUAUUCCCCGCCGCGCUCUCCAUCCGGUCGAAGAACGAGAAGGGCGCCAUACGGCCCCGGCUCAACGGGGGGUGGGCUGACCCCCGUGACUGGGCGCUCUGUCUGAGCCAAGAGAAUCGCACCACCUCGCCCCACUUCGAUUAUUACCUGCUCGCCGGCGAGAUAUCGGGCCCUUCGUGAUGUCGCCGGCACUUUUCCACGGGCAUAUCCGAGCCAGCGCGGGUCUCUCAUACAGUAUGGAUAUCCACUGGCUAUAUUUGUAGAGCCAAAACAUGAAACUUUGGCUUCCCGAGACAUUACGGCUAAGAAGGGCCAUGGGUGCGAAAAAUAACGCAGUCAGUAGACUGCAAGACCAUCACAGCUUCAUUGCGAUACAUUCAGUGCAUCUGACAUUAGUGGCACGACUUGGGUUUUGCAGUGGAAAAAUAAGCUGGCACUUUCUCAGCUGGCUUAGCUUACUUGCAGUGGAAAAGAGGGAAUAGGUUGUGUCCCACAUGGCCCAAGUGAACACGGAGUGUGGGGGCCACAGGAAGCGGUGCCUAGACCAAUGGAUGGUUGGACUCACCCUCCAUCGCAGCAGAACUUGUGGAACAGCCAAAGUGCGGCCUCAUGGCUACCCUAUGCGAACUCAACAAAGUGCAAACAGAAGCCAUUGACCCAAAGCACAAGCAAUGGAUGUUGGGAAUUGAGUAAUCUGACGAGGGCUGGCUGACGGCAAAAUCGUGAUCCUUUCAAACUGGGCUCUACAUAUUUGAGUAAACAUGAAGUUUCAACAAGCAGAGCCCGGUGUCUUCAGCGAAUAUUGAGUCAACGCAUUAUUAUAAGACAGCGAGCAGCGUUUUACAAGUUUAACCAUAUUUAUUUAACCAGGUGCAAAUGAAGGGCACCAAGAUGGAAAAAAUAAAUCAAAUUAAGUUAAGAAAUGAAGCAAAUAUGAAAAACAAUGCAAAAACAACCACAUUACAGGAGAGCAUCUAUAGAGCAUAUACAGAACACCAUAAAAUUCCUAACAGUUGACGUGUGGGCUUGAUGUAUUUAUUCAAUAUUAAUAUAUGUAUGUAAUGAUAGCAGCACAUCCCAUAUAAUAUAUUAAAUACAUUUCCAAAAUCUUGUGUUUGUCAGCUUGCAGUAUGGGUUUCAUUUUUACCAGAUUCUUCCACAUCCUGGAAAUGUGAAUUUAAAUGCAUCGGUUUUAUGUAAAUGUACGCCACCUACAAUAUGUAGAACUUAUUUUGCACCGUACACAGCCAACCGCGCUAAUCGUAGGUGUGUGAGUACAGCUAUGCAGAACGAAUGACUGCCACUGCUUUUUGAGCACAAGGGACAGCUCAGGUCUACACAACUGCAGUGCAAUUCGGAGUUGCGAUUCUGUUUCCACAUCAUGAUGCUCCUUCCUCCCUUGUUGCUUCAUCUACAUAUCUUGUAGUUUACUGGAAAAAAAUAGAGCGCACACACCAUACAGUAUGAGUACAAGCAUUCUUUAUAGUACAAGUGUACAUUUUCAAUUCCCUAUGUGCAGUGGUGGUGCUUGGCAUAAUCAUGCCAAGCAAAAACCGAGGACCUCAAGUAAAUCAAGAGGUCCUGGAUUUAUGAGAAAAUAGGGGUUCACAUACAAAGGCCAUUCGAAUACUAAGAUACACAACAAAGACCAAUACAUUAAUUUCAUCGGUCUUUUCUGCAACUGUUCUCUUAUUUCAUGUAUAUUUUGUCUUUCUAUGACAUCUAUAUAUCUCUUAUCUAUCUCUUCUCUCGUGUCACUUGGAUUGUAUUGAAAGGCAAAAAUACUUUUAAAAAUAUUGCCAUCAAGGGGCAAGCACUACCGCUGUAUUUGUGGCAUAUAAAUCAAUCAAAAAUGUUAACUGCAUGCAAGGUGACAGGUGUAUCAUAAUUGCAGGUCUCACCUGUCCUCCACAGUCCGGCUGGAUGGGUAGUAAACUUUAAAGCUGAAUUCACUCCGAGGGAAGGAGCCCUGGAAUGCACAUAACAUAUGGGUUAUGAAUAGGAAUUCAUAUUUUGCCAAAGUAAAUCUAUGUGGCCAUGGGUGUGGAAAUGGCAGCAUACCGGGUUGAUGCACAUGCACUCGGUAUUGGUGAUGCUGAAGGGGUCGUACUUGUCGGCACACACGAGCAGGUCAGGAAGCGGGUAGAGGGACAGGGUAUAGUCGAAGCCCCAGAACACAGGGCUGACAAACAGUGGCAAUGAUGAUAGGUGGCCCUGGCUCACCAGUGUCUUCACAAACUACAAGGACACCCAAACACAAAACAAAUACUGCAAUCAGGAGAGGGCCCACUGAGAGCACGUACUUUGCUAGGGAGACCUGAGAUAAUUAUUAUAAACGUGAAGGUCACAAAGAUACUGCAAUGCAUCGCAAAGAGGAAUGAAAUGUCAGAAAUUUAAUUAUUGAAAUAAUGCAACACAUAAAAUGUGCCACUGUAAGAAAGAAUGGAACCAACAAAAUUAAGGGUGAAGAUCAUGAUCAGGGAUUGGAGGUCAUGGAUUGAAAGGUGAAAGUCAAAGUUACGCACGUGGGUGGGGAUAUCUGUCCCAGGAUUUGGAAAGCGCACGCAGUUCCGGCACAUCUUGUUUACCAGAUCCUCUCGGAAAAUCACCACCUCCUGUGUGCAGUACUGCAGCCUGUGAGACCACACGUGCAUACCCGCUUGAACUGAACACCUGCCAACUACGCAUUCUGAGGGUGAGGACACAGGUGAAUGAGUGUGGUGAAUUUGCAAGAGUUGUGACUGGGAGUGGCUGUCACCUGCAAGGGUUUGUGGCAAAGAUGGCGGAGGGAACGCGUCUUCUGAACUCUGCCGUAAUGUGAUCGGCAAGCGGAGACCUACAUAAAAAAUGUUAAAUGUUACCCAUGCAUAGUAAUGUCUGCAUUCAUAAAUCCAUCCCUAACUCCCAUCACUUUACCCAAUCAACUAUACAGUAUAUUUAAACUUAACUCUUUAAACUUAACUAUAAUGCUCAAUCCCAAACCUCCAAUUAAACCUUGCACCAAGAAGCACCUCAUUAAAGUUAUUGCACACUGUACAAGGCGGCAAGCUUGUUGCUUGUGCCAUGUGUAGUACCUGGGCAAAAUAGCUCCGGGCCCUGGAUCCUCUGGUCCUGGAACAAACACGAAUCGGCUGCUGCACACACACACAAAAUGCAUGCAUGCAUGCUUAUAUUUGCUUGUACAUAUAUUGAUAAAUAUGCUCAAGUAAAAACAUUACAUUGAAACAAAAAUACCACGGCACAGGAAGCAAGCUCUACUCUGUUCUGGUUAAGCUGCUGGGGAAAUGUUUGUUGGAACGGACCUACUAUAAGAUGGCACGUUACACAUCAAGACAAACAGGCGCCCUCAGCACAUGCGAGUAAACCUAGACACUCGAGCCACUUAGGAUAAUUCUUACUCAACAAAUUAGAUUGAUUUACCUUUCAAGAAUGGAGGGAAACUCACAAAUGAUGUCGGCUAAACAUUUCAGCGAAUCUGUUAAGAAAAGAACAUCACUUGAAGGGCAGGGCAAAAGUGAGUU